CUCGCUCCAGUCGAGUGUAGACGUUUUUUUUUCCAUUUUUUUGUUAUAAAAACGAAAAACUGAUUAAAAAGUUGGUUAAACCAAAGAAUAAACCAAAAUAAAAAUUCCUCGAACACAAAAUAAAUAUUCAGUGCGGUGCAGUGCAUUCAUUCAUUAUCUUCUCUCUUUACAAUUAAAUAAUUUUCAAGAAUAUGAAUAAAAUUAACGAGACUACCGUCUGUGAUUUGGGAUUUAGCGAUAAGCAAGAAUCUACACAACCAGAAGCCUUAAAAUUGGCAAGUAGAACCAGAAGACGUUCAUCAGCAGCAUCAACUUGUUCUUUUAGCUCAGCUUGUUUCACUGCCAGUUCAGAUGAAGAUGAUACCUCGCCUCGUGACAAGAAACAACGUAACAGUAGUGGUUUUUCGGAUUUUUGUGUCAAGAAUUUAGCAAGUCAACAUGCAUUUGGACGUAGAGAAAUUGAAAUUGCUGAACAGGAAAUGCCCGGCAUUAUGACUUUAAGGAAGCGAGCUCGUGAAGAUAAACCAUUGAAAAAUGCCAGAAUUGUUGGUUGUACGCAUGUGAAUGCCCAAACUGCUGUACUUAUAGAAACAUUAAUCGAAUUGGGUGCUUCGGUGCGUUGGACAGCUUGUAAUAUCUUUUCAACUCAAAAUGCUGUUGCUGCUGCCUUAGCUGAGGCUGGCAUUCCAAUUUAUGCUUGGCGAGGUGAGACCGAAGAAGAUUUUUGGUGGUGUCUUGAUAAAUGUGUCAAUUGUGGUGGUUGGGAACCAAAUAUGAUUUUGGACGAUGGUGGUGAUGCUACGCAUUUAAUGUGGAAAAAAUAUCCCGAACUAUUUAAAGGUAUAAGGGGUAUCGUUGAAGAGAGUGUCACCGGUGUUCAUCGUUUAUAUCACAUGUCGAAAGUAGGAAAACUUACAGUUCCAGCCAUCAAUAUCAAUGAUUCAGUGACCAAAAUGAAGUUUGAUAAUUACUACAGUGUAAAAGAUUCCAUUUUAGAUAGUCUUAAACGUUCCACGGACAUAAUGUUCGGUGGUAAACAAGUGGUCGUAUGUGGUUACGGUGAUGUCGGUAAAGGUUGUGCCAAAGGUCUUAAAGCUCAGGGUUGUAUCGUUUAUAUAACUGAAAUAGAUCCUAUUUGUGCUCUUCAAGCUAGUAUGGAUGGUUUCCGUGUAGUAAAACUAAUGGAAGUCAUACGUAAUGUCGAUAUUGUCGUUACGGCAACUGGCAACAAAAAUGUGGUGACACGCGAACACAUGGAUCGUAUGAAGAAUGGUUGCAUUGUUUGCAACAUGGGACAUUCCAAUUCUGAAAUAGACAUAAAUAGUUUACAUACACCCGAACUUACAUGGGAACGUGUACGUUCUCAAGUUGAUCAUGUCAUUUGGCCAGAUGGUAGAAUGAUUAUUCUUUUAGCUGAAGGUAGAUUAGUGAAUAUGUCAUGUUCAUCUAUACCCUCGUUUGUAGUAUCGAUAACAGCUUCGACACAAGCUUUGGCCCUUAUAGAACUAUACAAUGCCAUUCCAGAACGUUAUAAAUCCGAUGUUUAUCUAUUGCCAAAGAAAAUGGAUGAAUAUGUUGCCAGUUUACAUUUGCCUACAUUUGAUGGCCAUUUAACCGAGUUGACUGAUGAACAGGCUAAAUACUUAGGUCUCAAUAAGGCUGGUCCAUUCAAACCAAACUAUUAUAGAUAUUGAAUUAUAUAAGUUCAAAAACUUAUAUUUACGUACUUAAUAUUAUUUGUUAUUUUAAAGAUAUUAAACAGUAUUCGUUAAAAA